CCUCAUUCUCCCGCUUCUAUCACCCCGCCCCAUUCUCCCUCUUUCCAUCACCCGCCCCAUUCUCCUCUUUCCAUCACCCCGCCCCAUUCUCCCGCAUUCCUUCACCCCGCCCCAUUUCCCUCGUUCCAUCACCCGCUCCAUUCUCCCGCUUUCCAUCACCCCACCCGAUUCUCCCUCUUUCAUCACCCCUCCCAUUCUCCCUCUUCCCAUCACCCGCCCCAUUCUCCCGCUUUCCAUCACCCGCCCCAUUCUCCCUCUUUCCACCACCCCGCCCCAUUCUCCCUCUUUCCAUCACCCCGCCACAUUCUCCCGCUUUCCAUCACCGCCCCAUUCUCCCUCUUUCCAUCACCCCGCCCCAUUCUCCCGCUUUCCAUCACCCCGCCCCAUUCUCCCUCUUUCCAUCACCCCGCUCCAUUCUCCCGCUUUCCAUCACCCGCCCAAUUCUCCCUCUUUCCAUCACCCCUCCUCAUUCUCCCUCUUUCCAUCACCCCGCCCCAUUCUCCCGCUUUCCACCACCCCGCUCCAUUCUCCCGCUUUCCAUCACCCUGCCCAAUUCUCCCCCUUUCCAUCACCACGCCCCAUUUCCCUCUUUCCAUCACCCCGCCCCAUUCUCCGCUUUCCAUCACCCCGCCCCAUUCUCCCGUUUUCCCUCACCCCGCCCCAUUCUCCAGCUUCCAUCACCCCGCCCCAUUCUCCCGCUUUCCAUCACCCCGCCCCAUUCUCCCCUCUUCCAUCACCCCGCCCCAUUCUCCCGCUUUCCAUCACCCCGCCCCAUUCUCCCUCCUUCCACAACCCGCCCAUUCUCCCGCUUUCCAUCACCCCGCCCCAUUCUCCGCUUUCCAUCACCCCACCCCAUCCUCCCACCUUCCAUCACCCUGCCCCAUUCUCCCUCCUUCCAUCACCCCGCCCCAUUUUCCCGUUUUCCAUCACCCGCCCCAUUCUCCUGCUUUCCAUCACCCGCCCCAUUCUCCCGCUUUCCAUCACCCCGCCCCAUUCUCCCGCUUUCCAUCACCCCACCCCAUCCUCCCACCUUCCAUCACCCCGCCCCAUUCUCCCUCCUUCCAUCACCCCGCCCCAUUCUCCCGCUUUCCAUCACUCCGCCCCAUUCUCCCGCUUUCCAUCACCCCGCCCCAUUCUCCCGCCUUCCAUCACCCCGCCCUGUUCUCCCGCUUUCCAUCACCCGCCCCAUUCUCCCGCUUUCCAUCAUCCCGCCCCAUUCUCCCUCUAUCCAUCACCCCGCCCCAUUCUCCCGCCUUCCAUCACCCCGCCCAUUCUCUCGAUUUGCAUCACCCCCCCCAUUCUCCACCUUCCAUCACCCCGCCAAUCUCCCUCUUCCAUCAACCCGCCCCAUUCUCCUGCUUUCCAUCACCUCGCUCCAUUCUCCCUCUUUCUAUCACCCCGCCCCAUUCUCCCGCUUUCCAUCACCCCGCCCGCUUUCCAUCACCCAGCCCUCUUUCAUCACCCCGCUCCAUUCUCCCGAUUUCCAUCAACCCGCCCGAUUCUCCCUCUUUCCAUCACCCCCCCAUUCUCCACUCUUUCCAUCAAACCGCUCCAUUCUCCCGCUUUCCAUCACCCCAGCCCAUUCUCCCUCUUUCCAUCACCGCCCCAUUCUCUCGCUUUCCAUCACCCCCCCAUUCUCCCCCCUUUACAUCACCCCGCCCCAUUCUCCGCUUUCCAUCACCCGCCCCAUUCUCCGCUUUCCAUCACCCCGCCCCAUUCUCCCUCUUUCCAUCACCCGCCCCAUUCUCCCUGCUUUCCAUCACCCCACCCCAUUCUCCCGAUUUCGCAUCACCCCGCCCCAUUCUCCCGCCUCCAUCACCCCGCCCCAUUCUCCUCUUUCCAUCCCACCCGCCCCAUUGUCCGCUUUCCAUCACCCCGCCCCAUUCUCCCUCUUUCCAUCACCCGCCCCAUUCUCCCGCUUUCCAUCACACCACCCCAUUCUCCCGCUUUCCAUCACCCGCCCAUUCUCCCGCUUUCCAUCACCCCGCUCCAUUCUCCCGCUUUCCAUCAACCGCCCAAUUCUCCCUCUUUCCAUCACCCCUCCCCAUUCUCCCUCUUUCCAUCACCCCGCCCCAUUCUCCCGCUUUCCAUCACCCGCGCCAUUCUCCCGCUAUCCAUCACCCCGCCCCAUUCUUCCUCUUCCCAUCACCUCGCCCCAUUCUCCUGCUUUCCAUCACCCCGCCCCAUUCUCGCGAUGUCCAUCACCCCGCCCCAUUCUCCCGCUUUCCAUCACCCCGCCCCAUUCUCCCGCUUUCUAUCACCCGGCCCAUUCCCGCUUUCCAUCACCCCGCCCCAUUCUCCCGCUUUCCAUCACCCCGCCCCAUUCUCCCUCUUCCCAUCACCCGCCCCAUUCUCCCGCUUUCCAUCAUCCCGCCCCAUUCUCCCGCUUUCACCACCCGCCCCAUUCUCCGAUUUCCAUCACCCCGCCCCUCUCCCACUUUCCAUCACUCCGCCCCAUUCUCCCGGUUUCCAUCACCCCGCUCCAUUCUCCCACUUUCAAUCACACCCCCCCCCAAUUAUCCCUCUUUCCAUCACCCGCCCCAUUCUCCCUCUUUCCAUCACCCCGCCCCAUUCUCCCGCUUUCCAUCACCCCGCCCCAUUUCCCGAUUUCCAUCACCCCGCCCAUUCCCCGCUUUCCAUCACCCCGCCCCAUUCUCCGCUCUUUCCAUCACCCCCCCCAUUCUCCCGCUUUCCAUCACCCGCCCCAUUCUCCCGCUUUCCAUCUCCCAGCCUCAUUCUCCCGCUUUCCAUCACCCCGCCCCAUUCUCCCGCUUUCCAUCACCCCGCCCCAUUCUCCCUCUUUCCAUCACCCCGCCCCAUUCUCCCGCAUUCCUUCACCCCGCCCCAUUUUCCCUCGUUCCAUCACCCCGCUCCAUUCUCCGCUUUCCAUCACCCCGCCCGAUUCUCUCUUUCCAUCACCCCUCCCCAUUCUCCCUCUUUCCAUCACCCGCCCCAUUCUCCCGCUUUCCAUCACCCCGCCCCAUUCUCCCUCUUUCCACCACCCCGCCCCAUUCUCCCUCUUUCCAUCACCCCGCCACAUUCUCCGCUUUCCAUCACCCCGCCCCAUUCUCCCUCUUUCCAUCACCCCGCCCCAUUCUCCCGCUUUCCAUCACCCCGCCCCAUUCUCCUCUUUCCAUCACCCCGCUCCAUUCUCCCGCUUUCCAUCACCCCGCCCAAUUCUCCCUCUUUCCAUCACCCCGCCCCAUUCUCCGGCUUUCCACCACCCCGCUCCAUCCUCCCGCUUUCCAUCACCCCGCCCAAUUCUCCCGCUUUCCAUCACCACGCCCCAUUUUCCCUCUUUCCAUCACCCGCCCCAUUCUCCCGCUUUCCAUCACCCCGCCCCAUUCUCCCGCUUUCAUCCCCGCCCCCGCCCCAUUCUCCAGCUUUCCAUCACCCCGCCCCAUUCUCCCGCUUUCCAUCACCCCUCCCCAUCUCCCUCUUUCCAUCACGCCGCCCCAUUCUCCCACUUUCCAUCACCCGCCUCAUUCUCCCUCCUUCCACCAACCGCCCCAUUCUCCCGCUUUCCAUCACCCCGCCCCAUUCUCCUGAUUUCCAUCACCCCACCCCAUCCUCCCACCUUCACACCUGCCCCAUUCUCCCUCCUCCAUCACACCGCCCCAUUUUCCCGUUUCCAUCACCCCGCCCCAUUCUCCUGCUUUCCAUCACCCCGCCCCAUUCUCCCGCUUUCCAUCACCCGCCCCAUUCUCCCGCUUUCCAUCACCCCACCCCAUCCUCCCACCUUCCAUCACCCCGCCCAUUCUCCCUCCUCCCAUCACCCCGCCCCAUUCUCCCGCUUUCCAUCACUCCGCCCCAUUCUCCCGCUUUCCAUCACCCCGCCCCAUUCUCCUUCCAUCACCCCGCCCGUUCUCCCGCUUUCCAUCACCCCGCCCCAUUCUCCAGCUUUCCACACCCCGCCCAUUCUCCCCCGCUUUCCAUCACCCCCGCCCCAUUCUUCCGCUUUCCAUCACCCGCCCCAUUCUCCCGCUUUCCAUCACCCCGCCCACCCCAUUCUCCCGCUUUCCAUCACCCCGCCCCAUUCUCCCGCUUUCCAUAACCCGUCUCAUUCUCCCGCAUUCCAUCACCCCGCCACAUUCUCCGCUUUCCAUCACCCGCCCCAUUCUCCCUUCUUCCCCCGCCCCAUUCUCCCGCUUUCCAUCACCCGCCCCAUUCUCGCUUCCAUCAACCCCGCCCCAUUCUCCCGCUUUCCAUCAACCCGCCCCAUUCUCUCGCUUUCCAUCACCCUAACCCAUUCUCCCGCUUUCCAUCACCUCGCCCCAUUCUCCCGCUUUCCAUCACCCCGCCCAUUCUCCCGCUUUCCAUCACCCCGCCCCAUUCUCCCGCUUUCCAUCACCCCACCCCAUCCUCCCACCUUCCAUCACCCUGCCCAUUCUCCCUCCUUCCAUCACCCCGCCCCAUUUUCCCGUUUUCCAUCACCCCGCCCCAUUCUCCUGCUUUCCAUCACCCCGCCCCAUUCUCCCGCUUUCCAUCACCCCACCCCCAUCCUCCCACCUUCCAUCACCCCGCCCCAUUCUCCCUCCUUCCAUCACCCGCCCCAUUCUCCCGCUUUCCAUCACUCCGCCCCAUUUUCCCGCUUUCCAUCACCCCGCCCCAUUCUCCCUCCUUCCAUCACCCCGCCCCGUUCUCCCGCUUUCCAUCACCCGCCCUAUUCUCCGCUUUCCACCACCCGCCCCAUUCUCCCGCUUUCCAUCACCCCGCCCCAUUCUCCCGCUUUCCAUCACCCCGCCCCAUUCUCCCUCUUUCCAUCACCCCGCCCAUUCUCCCUCUUUCCAUCACCCCGCCCCAUUCUCCUUCCUUCAAUCACCCUGCCCCAUUCUCCCGCUUUCCAUCACCCCGCCCCAUUCUCCUUGCUUCCAUCACUCCGCCCCAUUCUCCCGCUUUCCAUCACCCCGCCCCAUUCUCCCGCUUUCCAUCACCCCACCCCAUUCUCCGCUUUCCAUCACCCCGCCCAUUCUCCCGCUUUCCAUAACCCCGUCCCAUUCUCCCGCAUUCCAUCACCCGCCACAUUCUCCCGCUUUCCAUCACCCCGCCCCAUUCUCCCUCCUUCCGUCACCCCGCCCCAUUCUCCUCCUUCCAUCACCCGCCCCAUUCUCCAUCCUUCCAUCACCCCGCCCCAUUUUCCCGCUUUCCAUCAGCCCGCCCCAUUCUCCCGCUUUCCAUCACCCCGCCCCAUUCUCCCGCUUUCCAUCACCCCUCCCAUUCUCCCGCUUCCAUCACCCCGCCCCAUUCUCUCGCUUUCCAUCACCCUACCCCAUUCUCCCGCUUUCCAUCACCCCGCCCCAUUCUCCCGCUUUCCAUCACCCCGCCCCAUUCUCCCGCUUUCCAUCACCCCGCCCCAUUCUCCCGCUUUCCAUCACCCCGACCCAUUCUCCCUCUUUCCAUACCCCCGCCCAUUCUCCCUCCUUCCAUCACCCCGCCCUAUUCUCCUUCCUUCAAUCACCCCGCCCAUUCUCCCGCUUUCCAUCACCCCGCCCCAUUUUCCCGUUUUCCAUCACCCCGCCCCAUUCUCCCGCUUUCCAUCACCUCGCCCCAUUCUCACUGCUUCCAUCACCCAACCAAUCUUCUCCUUCCAUCAACCGUCCUUCUCCCGCUUUCCAUCACCCGCCCCAUUCUCCCGCUUCCAUCACCCCGCCCGAUUCUCCUCCUUCCAUCACCCAGCCCCGUUCUCCCGCUUUCCAUCACCCGCCCCAUUCUCCCGCUUUCCAUAUCCCCGCCCCAUUCUCCCGCUUUCCAUCACCCCGCCCCAUUCUCCCACUUUCCAUCACCCCGCCCCAUUCUCCGCUUUCCAUUGCCCCGCCCCAUUCUUCCUCUUCAUUCCACCCCCACCCGCCCCAUUCUCCUCCUUCCAUCGCUCCGCCCCAUUCUCCCUCCUUCCAUCACCCCGCCCAAUUCUCCCGCUUUCCAUCACCCCGCCACAUUUUCCCGCUUUCAAUCACCCCGCCCCAUUCUCCCUCCUACCAUCGCCCCGCCCCAUUCUCCCUCUUUCCAUCACCCCGCCCCAUUCUCCCUCCUUCCAUCACCCCGCCCCAUUUUCCCGCUUUCCAUCAGCCCGCCAAUUCUCCCGCUUUCCAAAACCCCGCCCCAUUUUCCCGCUUUCCAUCACCCCGCCCCAUUCUCCCGCUUUCCAUCACCCGCCCCAUUCUCCCGCUUUCCAUCACCCCGCCCCAUUCUCCCGCUUUCCAUCACCCCGCCCCAUUCUCCCGCUUUCCAUCACCCCGCCCCAUUCUCCCGCUUUCCAUCACCCCGCCCGAUUCUCCUCCUUCCAUCACCCAGCCCCGUUCUCCCGCUUUCCAUCACCCCGCCCCAUUCUCCCGCUUUCCAUCACCCCGCCCCAUUCUCCGCUUUCCAUCACCCCCCCGCCCCAUUCUCCCGCUUUCCAUCACCCCGCCCCAUUCUCCCGCUUUCCAUCACCCCGCCCCAUUCUCCCGCUUUCCAUCGCCCCGCCCCAUUCUCCCUCCUUCCAUCACCCCGCCCCAUUCUCCCGCUUUCCAUCACCCCGCCCCAUUCUCCCUCCUUCCAUCACCCCGCCCAAUUCUCCCGCUUUCCAUCACCCCGCCCCAUUCUCCUGCUUUCCAUCACCCCGCCACAUUCUCCACUUUUCAUCAACCCGCCCCAUUCUCCCGCUUUCCAUCACCCGCCCCAUUCUCCCUCUUUCCAUCACCCCGCCCCAUUCUCCCGCUUUCCAUCUCCCCACCCCAUUCUCCUGCUUUCCAUCACCCCGUCCAAUUCUCCCCACCCCAUUCUCCUACUUCUGGACCUAG